CAGACGCUGAGGAGGUGCAGGUAUGUGUUGAAGUUCUGCUUAAAAACUCUGCUCAGUGCACUCAAAUGUGACUUCUGGACCCUCUCAAAAUUACAUUUCAUAUGAUAUAAGCUGUUGUAACAUAUAGGUUAGGUGCAGUGGUCUGCUGGUAACGCCAGGCAGAUGACCCUCAAGUGCCAAACAUCUUCAACCAGCCAAACCAGAAACCAGGUUCCAUGUCUCACAGACGGUCUGACCAAUCUCUCCUGCUUCCUGAGAGCCAUUUCUUCUCCGUGCUUCAGCUGGACCAACCGUCAGGACGUUCAGCUUCGAGCAUCGACCUGUCCAGAGUGGAAUCGCCAGAGGAUGAAAGAACUGUGGUGCUCAGCACCCAGGGCGAAGCAACUCAUAAACGGAGCACGCAGCAGCUAAUACCCAAGAAACUGGCGGUGACCAGCCGCCUGAAAAACCGCCACCACACCACUGUAGUGUCUCUGCCUGUCGCCUUGCAGGCAUCAGAUAUAUCCUGGGAGGACUAUGACAGUGAUGGAGGUGAUGGGUUUUCGCUGAGGAGGAACUGCAGGAAUAAAUCGUAUCGCGCUGCCGUCACCAGUAUUGAUGAAUUGGCAAGCGGAAUUAAAACUGAAAAUCCAACACCAGUUGAAGACAAGGUGGUUAGCCCAAAACAAGCAAACAAAUCUGGACGCAAGACAACAUUGGGCAGGAUAAGGAACAGGAAGCAUGCAGGAUCAUUUAAAGAUGAUCCACGGUUCUACCAAGAGAUCAAGGAGCGAGGUCUGAACUCCAGUAACUUGAGUACAGAGGAGGACGAGUUCACACUGACCGAACCCCCGGAGGAGGACCAGGGCAUUGUGGUGAAGAACUACAGGGCUGCGUACAUGACGUGGAGUAAACUUCCACAGGUAAAGGAAAUGGGCAUUUUGGACAUCAUCUCCCCUGAAGAACGCAAAAGACAAGAAGCCAUCUUUGAAAUCCUCACAUCAGAAUUUUCCUACCAGCACAGUCUGAGCAUCCUGGUGCGUCAUUUUAAAGACAGUUCAGCUUUGAGGAAGACCAUGAAUGUAACUGAACACCAUCACCUCUUCUCCAACAUAUCUGUCAUCCUGGACGUCAGCAAACGGUUUUUCGAGGAUCUUGAGAAGCGCCAUCACAAACACCCCGUUAUCCAGGACAUCAGUGAUAUAGUGCAGACUCAUUCUACUCAACACUUUGAGCCGUACAUCAUCUACUGCUCCAAUGAGACCUUCCAGCAGAGAACACUGCAGAAACUACUUGCGACUAACACUGCAUUUCGUGAGACAUUGAAGCAGAUAGAAUGCAGUGAAGAGUGUGGUGGUCUGCCCAUGAUCUCCUUCCUCAUCUUACCCAUGCAGAGAGUUACUCGUCUGCCUCUUCUCAUGGAUACCAUCUGUCAGAAGACCCCUAAAGAGAAAGCUGAAUACUUUGCUGCCUGGUGGGCUUUAAAAGCGAUCAGUAAGUUGGUGAAGAGCUGUAAUGAUGGAGCGCAGAGGAUGGAGAGAACGGAACAGAUGUACACCAUCCAGAAACAAAUGGAGUUUGGCAAAAUCAAGCCUUUCCCAUUAGUGUCGUCGUCUCGCUGGCUGAAGAAGAGCGGAGAGCUGGCCGUGUACACUGAAGAUCUCAGUAUCUUCCGGAAGGCUUUCAGCUACAAGAGCUACUACCUGUUCCUCUUUAAUGAUGUGCUCAUUGUCACCAAGAAAAAGAGUGAGGAGAUUUAUGUGGUGUUGGACUAUGCCACUGUGGAGAAUGUGGAAGUGGAGAUGGAGAUGAUAGACUCUAAACUCAAUCUGAAGCUGUUGAUGAGUCCCAACAGUGACGGCCGCACUGAACAGAUGAUACUCGUUGCGGAAAGCAAGCUGGACAGAGCCCGUUGGGUUGCAGCUCUUUGUGAUCUCAAACAAAACAACAGCAUCACUGAUUUGUCUCAGUAUGAAGCUACUAAAGCCUACAUGCCAAAAGCACCAGAUGAGCUGAGCCUCCAGCAGGCAGAGUUGGUCAUCGUCCUACAGGAAGUGGAACUUUGGUGUCAUGGAGUGCGAAUGAGAGAUGGGGAGAGAGGCUGGUUCCCUGCCAACUGUGCCACUCAGAUCACCAACCGAACUGCCAUGGAGAGCAACAUACAGCGUAUGGAGCGCCUCCGCAAAGAGACUGAUGUCUGACCGAAUUCAAAAUACACCACUGAACAAACAUCUGACACAUGACACUCAGUUUACAGCGAGACACUCCAAAGACUUUCUCACCCUCAUGUUGUUCCAAUCUUAUUUAACUUUUAUUCUGUGGAACACACACAAAAAAAAACUUUGCAGAAUGUGUCUGUCACAUUUACUUUCAUUGUAAAAUGAUAGAAAUACAACCUGUCACUGACUAACAUCUUUUAAGUGA